AUGAUUUACAAAAUCAAAAAAGCCUUUGCAUGGACAAUGAAGACCAUGUACAGGGCCUAUUUUGAAAGAAAAGAAUCAAGUUCAGUCAUGCAAACCAUGAGAAACAGCACAGCCAAGUGGCUAGAGCUCAGAAAUUACAAGCUUAUAGAACUUUACAACAAAGAACAUUCACAUGAUAGUUUACGUCUCAAGCCUGCUGCCACACCUGGGACUUAUCUAUUUCAUCCAAUAGAUCACAUUUUCUCUAAAUUGAUUAAUGAAUAUUUUCCUCCUGAAUUUCAAUAUUCAUUUCUCAGUAGAGGAGAGAUGCUGAAGCCAUUGACUGCAGGAAAAGUUACUGGAAUGACCUACUUCAUUCUCAUGGGCCUGAGAGAUUCUCCAAGAGCCCAACUGGUCCUUUUCAUGGUAUUUCUUUCUUAUCUAUAUGAUUUCUGUGAUGGGGAAGAAGGGUUGAUCCUGAUAAUCCAGAAAGACUCCCAGGUUCACAGACACAUGUAUUUUUUCCUGUGUGGUUUGUCUUUUGUUGAUCCGAGUUACUCCACAGCCAUUACUCCUAAAACCCUGGAGAAUGCAUUAACAUCCAGAAAGAAAAUCUCAUUCAUUGGCUGCUUUGCCCAAAAAGUAUGCAUGUGGCUUACGGUUGGGUCACAUGGAGUUGCUUUUACAAGCUCCCUGAUAGGUCUUCUGUUCAUAGGUAGGUUGCUAUUUCGCAACUCAAAGGUAAUUCAACAUUUUUUCUGUGAUACCUCACCAAUCUGGGUUUUGCCCUGCACUGGCACGUACAACACAGAAAUGAUGAUCUUUAUCUCAGCUGGCUCCACCCUUGAAAAGUCUCUGAUAAUGAUUACAGUCUCUUACAUGGCUAUUAUCUCUGCCAUUUUGAAGACCAACUCCACUGUGAGAAGAAAAAAAGCUUUCUCCACCUGUGCUUCCCACCUCACGGGAGUCACCAUUUUCUAUGGGACUCUAAAUCUUUACAUACCUAAACCAAGCAAAUCUUACUCCCUGGGUCAGGACCUGGUGGCUUCUGUUUUCUAA